AAGGCAUUCCCCAUAUCUUGGGGGGUGGAAUCUGGGCGCCUGGAUGCUGAGGGGUUAAGCGACUAAAGCAAGCAGGCGAAAGUGUGUGUGUGUGAGUGUGUGUGUGUGUUGGGGGGGAGGUGGAGCAGAGGAGAGAGGGGCUGAUUUCUCCUCUUGCUCUCCUCUCCUCUCCUCUCCUCUCUCUCUUGCUGCAAUAAAUCCGGCUUAAAGGACGAGAGCCGAGGAGCCGAGGAUGGAUUAAAGAAAAGUCUGUAUAAUACAGACACCAGCACAAGCGGAAAAAGGGAGAGAGAGAGAGAGAGAGAGAGAGGCAAAAGCAGAGCGACAAGGAGGAGGAGAAAAGGAGGAGGAUGAGUUGAAGGUUGUGCUUCCCAAACUCCGGCUGCUAACCUGGUUCUUCCCGGGGAGGAGGAGGAGGAGAGAGAGAGGACCUCACACAGGUGCAUCUCUUGGGUACCACUCUCCUCUCAGCAUCCCUGGGUACCACUCGCCUGUGCCGUUCCUUUGGACAUCUUUCCCUCGCUGCCGCCGCCGCCGCCACUGCCUUUCUCUCUUGCGGAGGGGAGACCCUUUCCUUCCCCGAAUCGCCUCCUGCUCGGAUUCUGGCAGGCGUCCGCGAUGCGUGCGGCGGGCACCACCGGCCGCGGAGGCUUUGCUGCCCCGUCCCAGCCAAUGCUGCCAUGUUGGCGAUGUGGGCAGCAGCAGCCGGGCUGCUUUUGAACCAGAUGGAGUUUCUAUCCAGAGGCCAAGAGACCAAGGAUGAACGGGCUGCUGCUUGCCUUUCUAUUCAGUGGACUCUUGGAUGUGGCGCUGGGUUACCUGACGGUCAGCAUCGAGCCGCUCCCACCUGUGGUGGUUGGGGACGCCGUGACGUUGAAAUGUAACUUCAAGACGGAUGGCAGGAUGCGGGAGAUCGUCUGGUACCGGGUAACAGAUGGCGGAACCAUCAAGCAGAAGAUUUUCACCUUUGAUGCCAUGUUUUCCACCAACCAGUCACACAUGGAGAAUUAUCGCAAGAGGGAAGACCUUGUGUAUCAAUCCACAGUGCGGCUUCCUGAGGUCCGGAUCUCUGACAACGGCCCCUAUGAGUGCCACGUGGGGAUAUACGACCGAGCGACGCGCGAGAAGGUGGUGCUAGCAUCGGGCAACAUCUUCCUCAACGUGACCUCUCCUCCGACCUCCAUCUCGGUCAUCGCUGCAGACACGCCCGCCCCCUUCAGCCGGUACCAAGCCCAGAACUUCACCUUGGUCUGCAUCGUCUCCGGCGGGAAGCCUGCCCCUGUGGUGUACUUCAAGAGAGACGGGGAGUUGAUAGAGGUGGUGCAGCUGGUGGAGCCCCCCGUCAACGCCGCCGGGCUGCGAGACGGCCGGGCCUCCCGGAACCUGCUGAACCGGGACCUGGACGACACCAAGAUGCAGAGGUCGCUCUCCCUCCUGGACGUGGAGGACCGGGGCGGGAGGCCCUACACGGAGGACCCCCUGAAAGGCCUCACCCUCGACCAGGGACUGUUGUUCAGCCCGGCCACCGAGGCCGUCCCAGAGACUGUGGUGAGCCUGGAGUUCCCGCGGUGGAUCCAGAACACGGAGCCCGUCUACUACGCCCACCACACCCACAUCCCCAUCAGCGACGGCACCGUGGAGGUGCGGGCCAUGCUGAUGUGGACGCUUAACCCCCAGAUAGACAAUGAGGCGCUCUUCAGUUGCGAGGUCAAGCACCCAGCCCUUUCCAUGCCCAUGCAGUCGGAGGUGACCCUAGUGGCUCCCAAAGGCCCUAAGAUCAUGAUGACCCCGACAAGAGCCCGAGUGGGAGACACGGUUCGGAUCCUGGUGCAAGGGUUCCAGAGCGAGGUCUUCCCCGAACCCAUGUUCACCUGGACCCGCGUCGGGAGCAGGCUCCUGGACGGGAGCGCCGAGCACGACGGGAAAGAGCUGGUCUUGGAGAGGGUGCCGGCUGAGCUCAACGGCUCCAUGUACCGCUGCACAGCACAGAACCCGCUGGGGUCCACAGACACCCACACCAGGCUCAUCGUAUUCGAAAACCCAAAUAUCCCAAGAGGGAUCGAAGACUCAAACGGUUCUGGGACCAUCCACAGCACCUUCAGACUGCUUCUGGCUCUCAUCUUAACAGUGACCCUGGAGCUAACGUGAAGGCUCCUCGGAGGUGCUGCUCUUCCUCGUUUCUUCCCUCGAACGGCUCCAGCAUCCAGCAGUUCACAUCUCCGUUGAUUGGUUUUCUAUUAUUUUUCUCUCUUUCCUUUCAUUCCCACCCGCCCCCCGCCCUUCUAAACUAUUUACAGUCUUGUUAUCUUUCUGUCUGUGUCUUGGCUUCGUCAUCCAAUUUAAUUAAAAACAACAACAAAACCAUC